AUGGAAAAAAAUGCAAAUGAAUAUAUGUACAAAGGCAGAAGGAGUAGAGCGCAAUCCUCUAACGAUCAACAAGGCGAGAAUGGUAACCGCAAAGAGGAAACUCAACGUGGACCACCUCCAAAACAACCCAACGUCGGGGAACCAAACAACGAAGACAAAGCUAAUAUACGGACCCGAUGGAACAAAGAGGAAAUGAAGGAAGUUGUGUGGUGUUUCCUGGCAUCAACAGGCAAUUACAAGGAAGCAUAUGAAUUAUGGAGAAGCAGAAAUCUAAAAGUAAGGCCAACAAUGAAUGCAAAGCUACUGCUAAACCAGAAAAACUACAUUCUGAAGAAUAAAAGACUUACAGACAUUGAAAUCGAUGAGAUAAGAGAAAGCAUUAACUCGUAUACAGAGGACAGCACAGGAGACCAUGUAAGAAGGAAGGACAACAAUGUAAGCACCAAAGAGGAUGAAAUGCAGGAUAGAAGCACAAGAGAGGACGCAGAGCAGAAUGCGGAGAGGAACGGGUUAAAGGAACAACUUCAGGUAGCAUGGCACAAGGUGAGGUUCUUACAAAUGUCAGAAAGAAGAAGACUGCCGAAAUUGGAAGAAAACAAGAAGCUGGUUUGCCUGAAGGAACAAGUAAAUGGGAUAAUAAAAGAACUCUUGGAAGAGAAUCAAAUAGACAUAACAGAAGUGAACCACUUGAUAUACGCUGCAGCAACAGUUAUCACAGAAACAACUAUUAAACCUAGGAAAACAAUGACAACCAGAAGAUUUAAAGAUGCUUGGAAACUAAGAAUACAGAAACAGAUAAGCAAAUGGAGAAAAGACUUGUCCAUACUCACAGAGUCAGGCUCUGGCUCCGAUAACAUUAAACUGAACACAAAAAAGAGGAAAAUUUUUCAGAAGUAUAAAAUGACAAAUGCCAGAGAAGUAGCAGAGUUAAUAGAAAAACUAAAACAGAAAAUACAAGCAAAGGCUCAAAGAAUCAGAAGAUAUGAAAAAAAGAAAAACCAAUACAUCCAGAAUAACAUGUUCAAGGAAAACGCAAAUCGAUUUUAUCGACACCUGGGGGCAAAAGCUAUAGAGGUCACAGCUCACCCCAAUAUGCAGGAAGUAGAGUUCUACUGGCAGGCAAUAUGGGAAAUGGAAACACGACACAAUGAAAAGGCAGAAUGGAUAAGAAGAGAGGAAAAAGGAAGAGAAGGAACCAGCAACAUGAAGUGGAUGCCUAUAAAAACUACAGAAUUUACCUUAGUUUUGGCCAAAACGCACAACUGGAAGUCUCCUGGAAGUGACCAAAUACAAAAUUACUGGCUAAAAGCAUUCCCAGUUACACACAGUUAUAUUGUAGAAGCUUUCAACAAAAUAAUAGAGAAACCUCAACAAAUGCCCAAUGGCUGA